GUAAUCGCAUUACGUAAUAAUAAUGAAAACGGGCGCGCGAGAUUCGAGAUCGCCGCCCUUUUCCCCGCGCGCUUUCGCCGCCGUCCGCGCGGGCGCAGCACCCUGGCGACGACUCUCGCUAAGUGUGGUGGUUGCGCUGGUGGUGCGCGAGGUGGCGGAGGGGUCAGUCCCCUUCCCCGAUAUUGUCAAGAUGGAAGGCGCACGGGGCUGACCACCGCGUAGUACGCCGUCACGGCAGUAUGGAUUUCGCCGCGUCGUGAUUCCGUGUCGCAGCACGGUGCAGCCGCAACGACGAGUUUCGCUCCCCUACGACGUUCCGUCGUCGUCGUCGUCGUCGUCCCGCGUUCCCUCCCGGCGCGCGCGGCGAGGAAGAGGGGAAAAAAAAACGCGCCGCCCGGCUCUCUCGGCGUGUCCAUCACCGGGACGGCACAGUGGUGUGUAUCGCGCGAUCCGCGAGAGGUGGAGGGGGGCAGAUGGUGUCGCGCGCGAUCGUACGGCGCGAUCGAGCGCGGUAAUGAGAGAAGAGCUGUCACGGGGACGGAGUAACGGAGCUAGCCCACCACAAUGGUGGAUAACAGUUGUAUUAUCGAGGGGAACGUCAAGUUUCGCGACGGCAAGAAGUGGAAGUCGAGAUGGUGCGUUAUGCGGAAAUUAUCGCCAGUAGCAGAUUGUUUGCAUUUGCAACUUUAUGGGGACAGUAAGGAUCGUUAUAAGCAAGGCCAGACAAAAGCGUCCCUAAGUUUGCAACACUUUUUGGGAGUGGAGAGUGGUUUCACACUCGAUAAAGAAUCUAAUACGAUUGCAAUAAUUUGCCAAGACGUGACAGUCGUUCUCGCAUUUGAUACGCGAGAGCGAUUGAUACAGUGGCAAGUUAAGAUCUCGAAUAAUUUAGGCGAAGAUCAACAAUUCUUGAUACUCAUCUCCUCGGUACCGUCGAAAGCGAAGUUCACUAAUGGGCCGGCACACUUGCACAUUCAAGACCGUCGUUUCUGUAUCACCAUCGGCAUACCUCCCCGGCUCGUCGGUAUCUGGGAAAUCGCGCAUCUCCGACGGUACGGUGUAGUCGAAGGUAGAUUCUGCUUUGAAGGCGGUUCGAGAUGCGGCCGGGGCGAGGGGCUGCACGUUCUAAUAACUGAUCAGGGGGAUGACAUAGUUAAGACACUGCAAUUGGCGGCCGAGGGAAAACUUACCACAAAGAAGCGAUCGCCGCUUGGUAAAGAACAAUUGUCGACGCAGGAUAGUCCAGGGCGACGUCAGUGCUCUCGCGCCGAGACCAGAGCUAGCGAUUUCUUCUCUUCGACCGUAUAUUCAACGUCGACGUAUGAGGAACACUGUGACAGCUGUAAAAAUGAGAGUUCGCCAUAUUGGUCAUCCGCGGAAAGCAGGCAGCAGACGGAUCUCGACGGCGAUUACAGCUGUAGAGACACAGUGUCUAUUUCGGAACUACCUGAUCAGCAGCCUGGUGGCGAAUGGCGUAGCUAUUCACUCACCCGUCAGGGUGCAACAGGCCUCGAAAGAUGCGCGAGUUGCAUCAGUAAGCUCGGUACCGUUUCGAAAUCGUCGACCUUGAUCACUACUGCCACAAUAAGCGGCAUAAGCAGUCCCGCUGCUAGCACGUUAAACAAUCUAGGAUGUCACUUGCAGCCCCGUACCUUCGACCGGCUCUCCCUAUCCUCCUACAGCAGCAGCAGCCACGAGAGCGAUUAUUCCAGCUCACAGCAAAUCGAGUGCCAGUGCGUGCAGAAAACCGCCCAGACGGCGCAGACGACGGCUCGUCAAAUGUCACCGAUCCCGAGCACGUUACCGCCGAGACCGCCGAAACCGUCCCAACCGCCCUCACUGCCAAUAACCAGUCAAUCCGUCACUGCCAAGAAGCCUAAGAAACCGCCGAUGCCACUGCCUGUUGAGCAGCAGAUCUGCGUGCACGCUCGGAAGCCUCAACAAAGUCAGCAGCAGGCUCAGCAACAACCUCAACAACCCGUAGCUCGCGGCGCUGCGGGAUCUUAUGAAAACUACGACAUUCCCAAAACGAUUCUGGGACAUCACAUGCUAUUGGAGCAGGGUCCACAGCCGGAACAGUAUUACGAUACACCGAGGAAAAUAAAGGAAUGUCUUACACUGCCAAAAACUUAUCCUAAUUACGACACACCUCAGGUACCGCAGGCUGUGGUCCUGCAAGGAUGUGGAUGUCCCGCGAAACUCAAAGUUCAGUCACCUAGAUCUUCAGGAUGUCCUUGUCACAAUGUUAUGAGCUGGGCCGGCUUUGUCUUACCUUAUUGCCGGCGUGGCGCGGGAAUUGAACCUACCGGCGUCACGGUUCAUCCCGUGAAGCUCUCGGGUGAGGGCAAGAUGCCAGUGGUGAACGCCAGUGGAGAGGUUUCCAUUUAUGCAACGGCAAAAAGGGUAAAUAUAAAUGAAACGACUGACGAAAAGGCAACGGAGAACUGCGGCUGCGCCGCGGGAAAUAAAUUGAACAAUUACGAGAACGUUGAGCCGGUAAUAGAUACGCAACCGGAAGCGAAACAAGCGAAUUACGUGAAUAUCGAUUUUACGCAAUCGCUGGAGCAUUACGAGAACAGUAAGGAUGUUUUAACGAAGAGUAGUAUCUCGCAGGAAGAGCUUGAGAAAUUCGCGGAUCAAUUGAAAGAAUCGGCGCCCGAAGCGCCGAGCGACAAUGCUUCGAAGGUUUGCGAGAAGUGCGGCCACGCGAAGGAAAAGGAAAACGAUUAUUUGGUCAUGGAUCCGGAAAACAAACAAACUCCGAAGAAGUCGUUCCCUGCUUAUUUGCCGAUGCAACCAGUUCACAACGCUUGUUCGAAGGAGAUCUUAUCUAGGCUCUGCAGCGGCAUUAAGAGUUCCAGUAAUCCAACGUUAUCGGGCUCCACGUUGCUCGAGGUGAAUAAGAAGCGUUCCGAUUCGGAGUAUCGCGUACCAGGAUCAGCAAUGUUAUCUAGCCCGUAUCUCAGGCGUCGUUAUCUGGACGUAGGCAAUGUCGCGGAGUCCGGUGGUAGCUUAGGCAUACUUCUCAGGAAACGGUCUUAUUCUGCAGAAUCCGCGCAUUACCUGGACGACGAGAGUCACACUUUUUCGUCCACGCUUACCAUUCACAAAUGCUCGAGCGAAGCCGAUAAGAAUUCUUUGAUAACCAGUGAACCGCAAAGCUCGGACGUAAACUCCGAAAGCAAAAUCAGUAAUAAUCAUGAGAGCGGACAAUUGUUGACAGCCACAUCUCAGCCGUCGUUCAUUAAGAUCCGACGUUCGUCGUCUGUACCAUCCAAAACCGGGCACAAUAGGGAUUCCUCGAGCAGCAAUGAUUCCGGCGUCUCCACUGGCUCAUUGAGUCACCGAACGGCGGAGUUCGUUGAGUUUGAGUUGUCAUUGGCGACACCCGCCACCUCAACAGUAAAGCAGAAUAUGUUAUCGGUUUGCCGUAAAAGUCCGCCACCCACGUGUUAUCAUAGCAGCCUGCCAAGGAAGUCCAAGUCCAGCGAUCCUCUCCGUGAAAUUUCCUUCCAGUUCCAGAAAAUCAAGAUACCAACGAAAUCUUCAUCCGCGGAAGCCGACAUACCCACCUGUUUACCGAAGACCACGAAGGGCUUCAAUAGUCCAAGUGAAGUCUCUAAUGCACCUUAUAUCGAUUCACGAAGUACCAGUAGCGGUACUUCCGACAUGUCAGAUUACAUCGAAACUUUGUCGUUGUCCUCGCACUCUUCGUCCGAUACGCCUGACAGCCUCAGAUUAGGAGCCAGAACGGUGGCAACGACUCUUCGACCGCGUAGCGGAAAGGAAUACUAUAAAAUCGAUCGAAGUAUUUUAGUAGAACAGGGACGGAUUCUCACAACGGCAUCUGCUAAUUAUGCAAAUAUCACUCCGGUGUUAGAAAAGAGCGAAUCGCCAUCACCUGGUUAUAUGAGUAGUUCACCUUUUGAGCAACCACAACCCACUCGUGAGCAUUUUCUAUUUCCUGAAGAAGCUUGAACGUGCAAUUUUGUUUGGGAAAAAGAGUUAAAAACUUGAAGUUCCUAGGAAUUCCAAACAAAAUGAGUAAAAGUAUUCACGGUAGAAAUUAUAAUUGGGGCAUUGUGACUAUUUAUACUAUACGCGGAUAUCUGGGGUAACAAGCACACUUUUGAAGUAUUUAUCAUUCGUCACAUACCAAUAUAUACGUAGUAUAGCAUGCCAAAUAAUCAAAAAUUUAUAGUUCUUAAAAAUACGUUCUUUAACUCAAUUCGGAUGUUCGUUUUAUUGAUAUUUUCGUAAAGUCUUCCUCUAAAGAGCACAAUCAUAAUCUAAAAAAUGUAAAAAAGAAAAAUCAAUCUACAAAAGUCUAGGUACUAGCGUAUAGUCGAAAUAAUGUCAGUAAUCAAAUACUUCCUACAACGACUCAAACAAUUUCUAAAAUAUGCUCAAUAAGAAAACUAAUAGUUUGUAUAGUAAGAAUCCUGCCCUAGGAUAAAAGAUAUGCAUCUUAUACUUUAUAUCGUUUUUUAAAUAAUUUCUUAUUUUGUAUGAGUAUACUUCUAUAUAGACUAUUGUACAGUCAUCUUUGGAAAAAAUUGAAUGAGAUUAAUAACUUUUAGAAUUUCAAAUCGGAAUUCUUAAUAUUUUAUGGAUUAUUGAGAACUAAGGCAUAAUGAAAUUGUAACGUUUAGAUUCUAGUGUUUCUUCGUAAUUUUACAAUUUGAGAGCAUUGAACGCUAAAAUAGAAACGCAUUGAAUAAUGUUUCUUUUUGAGCUUCAGACUCAAAUUGGAAGCAUAUAGAAAUGGUUAAAAUAAAUUAUUAAAAUUAAAAUAUGACAAAUUUGCAAAAUAUUGAAAACAUCAAGAAUGGCAAUCUAUAAAUUAUGUGCAUUCUAUAAAAUUUUAAGAAUUCAUAUUUGGAGAAUAUCAUUAGAAAUCGUUUGUUUGUACUGAUUAAAAAAAAUAUCUAUCCACAUUCUGUACAACCAAAAAAAUGCACUGAACGUAAUCAGUUGCAUAACAUUCACAGGGUUUUCAUACUUACAAGUUACUUUUUAAAGAUUAAGAUAAAAUGUUACAGCCUUUAAUGGUCUUCUUUCUAAUGGGACACACACGAUGUGUGUAAAUACCAUUGUCUCUGGGCAAUCAAAGACGGCACUAUAUAUAUACAUAUAUAUAGAUAUAUAUAUAGAUUAUAAACAAGUAUUUCUGAGAGACUAAGAUUUACGAAAUUCGUAAAAAUCAUGUUAUUUCAUGAUUACGAUAGGCGCCAAUAAAUAUUUUCAAUUUUUAUUUAUUUUAAUAAUUAUUUUUAUUUUUUAAUUAAUUUUACUAAAUUUUUUAAAUAUCACAAACAUCACUUAAAUGUAACAUGGUCUUUUACAUUCUGUCCACAUAUUUAUUCUGAUUUCAUUUAUUGUUAUAUUGUACUUAAUAGUUCAUAUACUUAAAUAUUUAUUUGUGAUUUAUGUAGGCUAUACACACAUUUUUACGUAGCGUUUACCAAAAAUUAUUUAUUUCGAACGGUGCAUAUUCUAUCUAAUACGCUAGAUACAAAUAGGUAAAUUAUGAAAUUAAGUAAUAUAUUCACAACGAUUAUUUUAAGCUAUAUUGAUAUUCUAUUUCUAAUAUCUUAUUUAUAAACAUAUAAAUUAUGCAUAUAAACACACUUAUUUUGUGCUUUUUGGAUUUUUAUUUUUUUUAAUUGUUUUUUACGAGAAGGAAUUACAAAUUUUUGAAAAAUAUAAUUCAUAUAAUAUUGCACAUACAGUAAAUAUAUCAUGCUGAGAAAGUUAGCAUAAUAGUGAUAUUAAACGCAAUAAUAAAAUCUUAGAGUUAUACAUUUGUAAGGCCGAUAUAAUUAAUGCACAGAAUUUUGUUUUAUAUCCACUAUACAUUAUUAUACUACCUGGCAAGUAAAUCAAAUUAAUGUUUAUGAUCAAAAUCAUGAUUGCCAUCAUUAACCAAUGCAGAUUUGUAAGCAUUGUAACUUGCGGGACAAUACAUAUUGUAAGAUGUGAUUGUAGAUUGCAACAUCAUGAAUAACUUCAUACAAAGCACAAAACGAUAUCUUUCAAUGUCUAAGAAAAUAGAAAUAUUAAAUUUUUAUUUUCUUAGAUAUAUUAGAUAUUUUCAAGAAUCUUUUAGUACGAUGUAAAGUUGUUUUGCUGUUGCAGUCUUACUACAUCUUGUUAUAUCAUUCCUUAACUAACAUAUGGAAUUGUUUUUCCAUUAGGCCAAAACUUUAACACAUUGUUUUGUAUACAAGAGAAUAUUUUUUACUCUUAAAACUUUAUCCGUUUGUGUUCUAUAUACAUACACUGUUAUAAUAGCAUUAAAUCCGUAAAGUCUAUAUUGCAAUAUGUAUUAAUUUAGACUGAAAACAUAAUGUUCUUUCACAAUGUGUAAAGAUACAUACAACUGAUUUUAUAUAAAUUAUAAAAGUAUUAAAAAGUAGUAUUAUUACAAGACUGAGAAAUAGUUGGUGUAAUGACGGUAGGAAAUAUCUACAAUGCUAGAAUGUAUAAUUUAUAUGUACAGGCCUAUGCGCAAAAUUGGAAAUUGAUCAUUUAUAAAACCUCUGGUUUUUCUUCUGUCUACUGUGCAUUUCUCAAAAAAGACCGUUAUAUCUACUAAUGUUAUAUCACCGUUAUCUACCAACAUGCAAACAAAAAUAUUUUUUUGAUUUUUUAUUUGUUUAAAAUAUAGAAAUUAUACAAUAGUUAACUGCAUCAAAUAGACAGUAGAAGCCUUAAUAAAGUACUGUAUACAAAAGCGAUUUGUAGGAAAUGAUACUAAGACACAUUGAAUUAUAAGGAAGUUUGCGUAUUUUGGUUAGAUAUUUUAUGCAAAUGUAAUAGUACGCAGAAUAAUUAACUUUAUAUUUCUCUUUAUGUGAAGUUUACAGCCCCAGGAAAUUCAUAAAUUGUAAUAUCUUAAAAAAAAUGUAUUUAUAAGAUAGAGAAUCGUCAUUAUAUACCAUGAUCUGUAUGUAUACGUUGCGUGCGCACACACAUGAGUACAUAUAACGAAUGUGAAAUUGCAUGCAUUUGAGCAGGAGAACGUAUUGUGCGGAAUUUUCUUUCUCCUUUUUAUACAUUUUUUAUAUUACAUUUGUAUGUUAUUAAUAUACAUAUAUGCAUAUGAGAUAAAGUAAAACAUUCUUUUGAAUUGAUGAUCAAUUAAUACUUCAAAUUUAAUUAAUUAAUUAACUUGAAUAUUUCGUCUUAAGUAUCAUAUAUGUGAAGUAGAAAGUCAUUUAUAAACUCGUGCUAGUCAGGAAGUACUGUAUUGUAGUCAUUAUAUAUUUUUACUGCAAGAAAAUUGUAUAUUAUGCAUAGCUUAAAAAUUAAGCACAUAUCCACCGAUUUAUUUCAUUCUUGGAAUUAUUUCCGAGUUCGGAAGAAUUACGGAUUAAAUAUUUGUUAUUCUAUGAAAAUGAUGAGGAGAAACAUUGUAUUUUAUAUUGAUACAUAACACUUUGUGAAGAGUGAUAGUAUAAUAAAAGUAGAUUAAACAGUAAA